UCAUUUAAAAAAAAAAAAAAGAAAAGUGUGUUUUGCAUGUGAUGCAUUUCUAGUAAAAUGAAUAACUGAAUAAUGCUGAUCUUUAAAAAAAAAAGUAAAAAAAAAAAUAAAAAAGCAAAUCUUCAAAAUUCAAAGGUUAAAGAUUAGUGAAAUGUUUACUAAUGAAACGUUUAGUUGAAAUCUUUAUAAACAUACUGGAUAAAUCCUGUGUAAUAUUUAGAAAGACGUUUUCUUAAAAAAAAAAAAAAAAAACUUAAUUAGCGUCACCUAACGGCCGAAUACGGCACGUCGAUAGUUAGCGUCGUUGCUAGGAAACAAGUCUUGAAAACAACGAUAAACGACGGCGUUUCUAAAUGACUAACGUUAGCCGGUCUAAUAUCAACGAGCCGUUUAAUUUUUACUCCUGAACGUCUCUGAAACAAUAACAUGUCUAACACCCUGUUAGCAGAAGUUGGUUGGGACGCGGGGUUUGCCAUCCCAGUAGCUGACGCAGAGAAUAAAGCAUUAGAAGAGGAGCUUCAGAAGAAGCAAAAGGAGCAAUUAAAUCUCGAGAACAAAAUAAAUAAAACCAAGGAUGUGAUAAAUGCCUUGACUGAACACCUCACACAUCUAAGGCAAGAGGUUUCCCACACUCAGGCAUUGUGCAAAGCCAGAGAGAAGGAGACUGAAUCAGAGGUGCAUUUCAGAGCCCUGGCGGAGCGAGAGACAGGCCGCUUGAAGCAGGAGAUCAGUCAGCUGGAGAAUCAACUGAAAACACUGAAUGAGAAGAAGAACGCACAAGAGAACAGCAUCUUUAAAGCCACUCAGAAGCUUGAUGAACUGAGGAGUCAGCUGAACUGGGAUCAGCAGACCCUGGAGGCCUGGCUGCAGGAAUCAGCUCACAAGGAUGAAGACACCAUGGCCAUCAUCAAGUAUGCCAAGCAGGACGAGAGCAAGAUUCGAGAGUUGACGCUGAACAUUGAGAAGCUGACUCUUGAAGCCAACCAGAAGAGAAAAAACUUGGACAGUGAAGUCACUGAGACUGUUACAGCACAGAUUGCUCUUGACAAGACAGCUGAGAGCUUUCGUCAGGCUCACACUGAGAGACAAGAGCUGAUCAGCCAGUGGGAGAACACCAUUGAACAAAUGAGAAAAAGAGAGCAGGAGAUACAGCAGUGUGCCAUGUCGCAGACAGAGGUGAAUCAAGUGAUUAGAGAGAAGAAUGAUAUGCUCAAAGAGAGGAAGGACUUCAUAGAGCACGAGAUAGAGAACAACAAGGAGCUGGAGAGGAAUAUAAGCACGGCUAAACGUCAAGCGCUUCGACUGAGGCAGCAGCACCAGGAAGAGGAGAGGAACCAAAGACGUCUGCAGGAUGAGGUGGAUGUGCUGAAGGGAACUUCAGACCGAACCGCCACAGAUGUGGAGACCACCAGAUCUCAGUUAACCAGCAUGAGAAAGGACAUUCAGAACACAAUAGCUAAAGUUGAAGAGGCAAAGCUGCAAAACUCUACUCUGAAGGAGAAGCUGCAGUUGGUGAUGGAGGCGGUGCUGGAUGGUGAAGAUCAAGCAGCACAGAUGGAGCAACUGCAUAAAGAACAGGAACAGAACAUCAAAGAGAUCGAUACUCAGCUGCACCGGCAGAGAGAGGUGAUGUUCAGAAAGAGUCAGGAGCUGCAGGGAAUGCGUGAUAAAGAGAAGAACAUCACGGCUGAGAUCUGCGCCACCCGGGCUGCUGUCUCCAACCUGGACAGCGGACUCAGCAAACUGGACCAGAACCUGCUCAAACGGCAGAUGAUCGUCUCCAACCAGGACUUUCAGAUCCAGAUGCUGGAGAGGAAGACUUUACAUUUGCAGGGGAAAGUGAACACAGAGGAGAAGGCAGCUCUGGAGAAGAAGGCCUCUGAUCUGGAAGAAGCUCUAGAGGAAAAGAAUAGGACAGCCACCACCCUCAACACACAGCUGAAGAAACUCCAGGAUGAUAUCCGCUGUGUUAGGAAAGACACCGAGAAGAUCGGAACUGAAAAAAGAGAACUGACCACCAAGAUCAAUGAGCUGGAACUCUUCAUUGACAACUCUGAGAAAGAUCAGAAGAAACUCAGGCUCAAAAAACAGGACAGCAUGGUGGAGAAAGGUCUCCUGAAGUUGGAGGUGCAGCGGCUGAGAGAUCUACUGUAUGACCGAGCAGAUGGAGUGCUGAGCCUGGAGAAGAGACGUCUGCAGCUGCAAACAGCCAUGAAAGAGAGAGAGGAGGAGAUCCGUGUGCACCGAGAGAUGCUUUCUAAACAGAUCAAGCUCACUGAACAGGAGAGACAAGGGCUCAGUGCUGCGGUGAAUGAGAGACUGUUCAAAAUUGAAAAGAUGAGGAAAAGGUAUGAGAUCCUGACUGUUUCUUUGGCUGUACCAGAGGGAGAAGAGGAGAAAUCCCAGGCCUACUUCAUUAUAAGGGCAGCUCAAGAGAAGGAAGAACUCCAGCGGCAAGGGGAUGAUUUGGACAACAAAAUCCGCAAGACAGAGAAAGAGAUCCAUGCAUUGGAGAACACCCUGCAGGUCGUCAACAACUGCAAUACAAGCUAUCGCAAAGCCCUGACCAAAGUCACAGAGUCCAGUCCUGCGCACCAGGAGAAACUGAAGCUGGAGGAGCAGAGACGAGCAGCCGAGGAGAAAUACAAAUACAAGAAACGGCAAAUCCGAGAACUGCAGGAGGACAUUGAGAGCAUGUCCCACACAUUGGAUGGUCUUCUUCAAGAGGAAGCAGUCCAGAAUGAGAGUGUUGAGAAGACUCAAUCCCAUGUGCUCUCUCUCAACAAAGACAUCCUCUCUCAGGAGGAGAAACUCAUUCGAGCCAGCAAACAGUGUGCCAAAUAUGCUAGGGAAAUUCGGUCUGCUAAAAACACCAAUGAGAAGACCUUUGAGGAGCGUGACAUAGAGCUACGAGAACUCAGAGACAUAAAUAAAAGCGUAAAUAAGAUGCUCCUGGAAACCAUGGAGGAGAAUCCUGACCUGUCAUCUGCACUGCAGAUUCGUUUUAUGCAGGCUGGUCUGUCCCUGCCUUCUCCCGCUUCCUCUCCAUCCAGCCGUCUGAGCUCAAAGAUCAACUCAGCCCGCAGUUCUGCUUCACUCCAUCGACCCUCUAAUCCAUCAGCCAGCAGCAGUCCCAGAAGCCCGUCUGUCACGUCCCCCGCAGUGAAGACACUGGGUUUGAGCCUCUCCGUCACGUCCCCACAAGGAUCUCAGCCCCCCAGCGCUGGCAGCAGCAGCAGGAGCAGCGAGUGCAAAAGCCCUUAGACAGAACCAGACACCAGUCUCUCUGAAGACUACAGAAGUUAUGUCUAACUAUACCAGUGCCACCGUUCUUAUUUAAUUACUUCAAUUCAGUGUUUCUUUAAAACGGCUUUGGCUGUUUUAAAUUAUUUUUGUAUGUUUCAAAGAGAACUUUUAGACUUUACUGUAAACACACAGUUUGAUUAUUGAGAUUUUUCUUUUGUCUGGAAGUACAGACUCAGGUCUAGUUUCAUUUUACUACUCACUUUGAUAGGGUUAAAUGGCAGCAACAAGAAAGAAACAAUAAAACCCUACAUUCAUGAAAUGCUUUGGCCCAUGAGAAAUCAAAGGUAUCGGGUGAACAAAUCAGAAAUCAGAUGAACUUGCUUUGUGUUUGUGCCGUCGGAGCUGGGGUGUGUUCAGUCUCAUUAUUCGUGGAAACCCAUGAGACGCAGACCGCCCUCAGACAACCUAGAAACCAGAAGAGCCACUGAACGUUUAUUCAGACACGUUUCUCUUGAAAGAUCAGAAACAUGGAGAAAGUUUGCGUCCUGUUUGUUGGAUUUCUGUGUUUUUCUGUGGGACAGUCGAGCACUACUGUUGAUCCUACAACAACAGAAACAACAUCAGCUCCACCGACAGACAACUGGGCAAUGACUUCUGCACCAUCAACUCAGCAGCCUGUAAUUACUGGCUUGAGAAUAAAUGUCAAAUCUCUGGUUGAUCUGUCCAGUAACUCACCUGAGAUGGAGCUACUUGUGCGUCAGAUUGAAACGUGGAUUCCUUCUCAAUACAAAGCUACAACGUCCAUUACUGUGAGAAGAAUAAAGAAAGGCUCCAUAGCUUUUUAGAAACAUUCAUAUAUUGUGAGCUUGUAUUCAUAUCUCAGCAGGGUCAGAUAUGUAAUUACUAUUGAUAUUUAUCUGUGUAGUUUUAUCAGAGCACAUACAUGAAGGUGAUUUUUAUGUACAUGGAUGCGUUUAUAAAAUUCUUUAAAUCAGCAGUAGUUUCAUAGUACAACAAGGCACAUCUUUAAGAUUAAUUGUUGUUAAUGAAAUACUAUUAAGCUCUAAGUCUGGAGAGCAAAUAAACAGCCUUUUUUCUGAUAAUAGUUUUUGCUUUUGUUCUAUUCAUUUAUUCUAUAUGUAAUAUUUUGACUGUACUAAAUAAAAAUAAAUAAACAACAAAAACCCACCAACCAUAAUAUAUUUGCACAGAUAUUUAGGGAACAUGCUUCAUCCAUAUCCUCUUUUGUCUAAUAAACAAUGCUACAGACAGUUGCGUGUCCUCAAUCUGGCAACCUCAAAGAGCUUCGAGGAGGAACGGGAAAAACACCUCUCUAAUAUUUUGAAGCUUUCAGUAUCAUAUCCUGCUCCUUUAAUAGAUCUCAGACUCUUUUGUUCAUAAUAGACAAUGGAUGUCUCAGAUACUAUCCAAAACCCAGCAUUUCUGAAGGAAAUCAAGUCUAUGAUCAACUUACACUGUGUAUAAAAUUACAAAAAUGAGGUGGAAACAUUUGCAACAAGCACAAUACUUUAGAAUUGGUGCAGUUCAACACAACUGUUUUAAUUCAUUUGUCAUUCUAACAAUAAUGCAUUGUGCUCUCAAAGACAGUGAUAUUGUCAAGCUUUAUUAACAAUGAACAACUACACUCUUAAAAAUAGAGGUGCUUCAAAAGGAUCUUCAAGCGAUGCCAUAAAAGAACUGUUUUGGUUUCACAAAGAAACAUUCAGUCAAAGGUUCUUUAAAGAACCAUCUCUUUCUUAGCUUUUUAUAAUCUGAAGAACCUUCU